AUGGUCCAACUAGCCCGCAGUGGCUCUCUGAGGAAUGCCACCAAACUACUCAAACGAACGAUUGGUUUGGGGACGAUUGCGGGCGACUCGGAAACUCGCGACCAGGCAGAAGACGCUGGGUCUGUGUCGGAAUCUUCUCUGGGAACGGGCACCUUUGUCAGUGGCCUUACAGAAGAACAACGAGAUGAUUUUGACAUCAAGACACGUGGAUCCGACACCAUGACAUCUCGUUCCAACACCCUGGGGCUUGGCUUGAAGCUACCCAGGUCGCAGUCAUCACCGUCGCAACAACACUCACUACCACCCAAACCAGUACCAAUCAAUCUGACCAGACAAUCGUCCAAGCAAAAGGCGAAACAACUCCUUCCACUGCAAGAUCAGCAGCAGAUACAGGCCACUGGAACACAUUCCGCAUCCAAUUCACAACAACAGAAGCAAGAACAAGAGCAAAUCAAACACCAUCACGAGACCAAUCCCAACUUGGAUUUCGAACCCAUGGCCCCCAAUCUGGAUUCCAUUCCACGUCUACUAUUGGAAGAAGUACUGAGUACCAAUGCCAAGGUUGCGGAGGAUGCUAUUGACCGAUUGGCACGACGAUGCCGGAAAUCGGCGGAGAUACGAGAAGAAGCCUUUCGCGCCGGUGGGCAUGCCAUUGUCAUCAUGGUGAUGCGCCAAUGGAGGGAUAAUGAAGCCAUUCAAGCGGGAGGAUGUCGUUGUAUUACCAACAUGACCUGCCAGUUCCCGGAUGCCAAAAAGUCAUUCGCCAUGAUUGGAGGUGUCGAAUCGACGCUAGUGGCCAUGAAAAACUAUCCCAACUCUCUGCAAGUGCAAGGCUACGGGUGUGGGUCGCUCAUGAAUAUUCUAUGCGGACACACGGAUGAGGGGGCCGAUAGUUCCAUGGCCAUGUCGCGGCGGUUCGUCAAUGAUCUGAAUGGGAUUGCCGUCGUGGUAGAAGCCAUGAAACAAUUCCCACAAGACUCCAAGAUCCAACUGGGUGGUUGUGGCUUGUUUCAAAACUUGGCACAAGAAAAGUCCUUUGUCUACAACAUGAUGCAAGCUGGUGCGGUGGCGGCUGUGGGCGCUUCUCUAGAAACGCAUCCGGGAGACCCCAACAUUAAAAAAGCGGCAGGGUCAUUCAUGAAGAAGGUAUUUGCAUAA